GUGGAGAAGAGAAUCAUAUUGUGAUGAAUGAACGGGUCCAAGCUCUGGCAGGGAGUAUUUAUGAGGAGUUUGAAAAGAUGAUUGGUAAAUAUGAUCCGGACGUGGUGCAGAACUUGAUGCCGCUUAUUGUAAAUGUUUUAGAAUCUUUGGACUUGGCGUACACUGAGAGUCAGGAACUUGAGGUGGAAGUCGAGCUCCUUAAAGAGGAUAAUGAACAGCUGGUGACACAGUACGAGAGAGAGAAACAGCUCAGAAAAUGUUCAGAGCAGAAGAAUCUAGAGAUAGAAGAUCAUUUCGAGGGGGAGCGGAAGGAUUCGAAUUUAAAAAUUGAGAGUCUCACAUCCAUCGUGAAAAUGUUCGAGCUCAAAGCAAAAAAUUCACAGGACCAGAUUGGAAGAUUAGAAGAAAAAGAGAAUGAGCAGAAAAAAGAAUACACAAAGCUUCAUGAAAGGUACACGGACCUAUUCAAGACGCACAUGGACUAUAUAGAGCGGAGCAAGGUGAUGGCAGGGGACAGAUUAGAUCUGGGAACUGCUAGGAAUCGUUUACCUAACAUGAGUCUUAAUCCUCUAAACAGAUCCUCUGGACCGGUUUCAUAUGGAUAUAGCGAACUAGAAAAUAAUAAUGAGAUAUCUCUGAUGAGCUGUGAUAUGGGACUGGAGACCCCUAUUGUUGAAUACUCCUCUACUAGUAUCAAGAAAGAGCUCCAUACCCCGGGAGAAGGAAUGGCGAACAAAAACCGGCGGCAAAUGGUUGAUAAAGGUCAGAUUACGGAGGAUAUUCUUCAACAAAAUCCGGAGAUUGCAAUUCAGGAAAACGCGCAAAAUCCGGAGAAUGUUGAGAAAAAUGCGCAUCUUUUGGGCACCAGGAGUGGCACUGAGGGGGAUCUGGGCACAAGUGGUUGGGUUGAAGGACUGAGCCCGGAGAUGGAUGAUUCAUCAAGCAUUGAACUAGCCCAGGAUGUUUCUAAGGACGGAAGUAUUGGUCCUGCAACCCCAGUUUCUCCCUCUACACCUAUUCCUUGCUCAACCCAUACUAAAUCGGAGAAGAGACUUGGAAAUAAUCUAUACCAAGAAUUAAGUUUCCAGGAUACUCAGGUUCUUGGCGAGGUUGAUGAGGGUGCAGAUCUAACAGGAGGGUUUGUACACCCAGCAGAAUUUGCUUCAUCUGCUAAUGACAACUACUACGGUAUGGGUAAGGAGGUUGAGAACUUGAUUAUGGAGAACAACGAGCUCCUCGCCACCAAAAACGCGCUCAACAUCGUUAAGGACGAUCUCAUCGCUAAAGUUGACGAGUUGACAGGAGAGCAUGAGAUUCUUCGUGAGGAGGUUAGGAGUCUUCAGGAGGUGCGAGCUAAGCUCCAGGGGAGGGUUCAGGAGCUAGAGGAGGAGCUCAAGGUCAUCAAGGAGGAGGAGAAGGGGAAGAAGGAGAAGGAGGAGGAGCAGGAAGAUGUCCCGAUGGCACAGAGAAAACGUUUCACAAGGGUUGAGAUGGCACGUGUUUUGAUGGAACGGAAUCAGUACAAGGAACGAUUUAUGGAACUUCAGGAAGCUGUUAGGUGGACUGAGAUGAUUAGAGCUUCUAAAACAGAUUCACCCAUCGACAAGAAGAAUAAUAAAGGAAUAUGGAAAUUUUUCAGUAAUCUAUUCAGCGGCACAGAGCGACCCAAUGAUCCUUUAUCACCUUACCUUAACAUGACAUAUUCAAACAGUGAGGAGAAUCUUGGUCCCCUGAGCACCAUGAGAAACCGAAACACUGCAGAGAGGAAGGCGGCUAGGGGAACAGAUCUCUUUGAUGGAGAAUCAGUAUGGUGGGAGACAUCUGAUAUACUGAACGCUCCUUUUCCAGCUCCUUUCCACCCUCCCUCUCUCACCCUCCUUGAUCCAUUACCCCCAUCAUUAUUAACCCAUCCUUCAACACUAAACUGUUCUCACUUGAACUUUAAUACUAGAGAGUUGUUUGAUUCUGGUCUAGAAGAUCAAACAAACAUAACCCAAAAUAACACUGUUUUAGAAUCAAGUAUUUCUUUAGAAAAUGUUAGUAAGGAAACCAAUAAGAUAGCUUGUCUAAACUGCAAUACUGAAUCUACAUCAGGGCCUUCUACACCGCCGGAAAUAGAACUUAGCACUCAGUUUGAAAGUAGAAGAAGUAAACUAGACAUUUGUUGGUUUCAACCCUCUGACAAGCUGACCGCUAGGAGGGCACAGGAGAGGAAGGAACAAUAUAAACAAGUUAGAGCACAUGUCAAGAAAGACGAUGGGCGGUUACAGGCCUAUGGUUGGUCUUUGCCUGCUAAACCUGCCUCUACCCUACCUAAACCUGACGAGGAGCAGAACAGAUCCACUGUUCCUGUCCCUGUUCCUGUCUACUGUAGACCCUUGACUGAGAAGGAACCAGGAAUGAAAAUAUGGUGCGCUGCAGGGGUCAACCUUACAGGAGGAAAAACUAAAGAUGGCGGAGAGAUUGUUGGUGCAAGCGUGUUCUAUUCCUCGCCACCAGAAUCUGAGACGCGGCAUCCAGUGCACGAGGAAGACGAGGUCUCCAAACUGGAUCAAGAAUUAAAGGAUGGAGAAAGCUUAUCACAGGAAUCUGCAAAAGCAGAGUUACAAUUGUCAUCACUAGUAUGGAUAUGUACAUCCACGCAUAGCAUAAGUAAAGUAACAGUAAUAGAUGCAAACAACCCAGCAGAUGUUCUAGAAUCUUUUCAUGUCUGCUCAUCACAUCUUCUCUGUAUUGCCAGUGUCCCAGGGGCCAAGGAGGAUGAUUAUAUCGUGGACCCUGAUCUGAAUAAGGUCCGUGUAGAGGAGUCCAUCACAAACCCUGUAAAGGAUCCCUCGAAAGACUCAGAAAAAUCAAGCCCGGACGAUUCUCCUCAAAAACCCCUCGGCUCUAUUAGUUUUGUGUCGAGUGGUGCUGGAGAGGGCGAGGGAAGUAUAGAGCACCCUCUUCAGCAGGAUACUGUUGAGGAAGAUGUAAAACCUAGGCUCACUCGUGAAAGAGCAGUGGAAAUGGGACGGCCGGGAUUGCAUCGUCGGCUAGAUGUUUAUAAACUGGAGGAUGCCGCUACUAACCUUCAUACCCUUCCCUUCAUUUCUUAUAACACUGUUAACAUUUCCAGGGACCUAGACAGUACCCAGGAUCAGAUAGAGACUACUGAAGGUUCACCAGCUGUACAGAGAAUAUUCUCGAAAGAACAAUCAGCGGCUGUUAAAGAUGGUCUAGCAGAAGUAUCCAAGGACAAUGAAUACGCGUAUUCUGAAGUAUCUAAGAUGUCUAGUGUACAACCAACAAUGUGGUUGGGAUCUCAAUCUGGAUCUAUUUAUGUACACUCUGCUGUAUCUCAAUGGAAACGAUGUAUUCACUCAAUUCGACUCAAGGACUCAGUUUUAUCAAUUGUUCAUGUGAAGGGAAGAGUACUGGCAGCACUGGCAGAUGGUACUGUUGCUAUUUUUCAUCGAGAUUCUGAGGGUCAAUGGGAUCUCAGGAUAGAAUACAGAGUUCAUGUUAUAGAUCCCAGACUAAUGAGUGUCGAGGCUUGUUUUGAUGCUCAUCCUAGAAAAGAAAGCCAGGUUCGACAAAUGGCCUGGGUCGGAGAUGGAGUUUGGGUUUCUAUUCGACUUGAUUCCACUCUUAGGCUGUAUCAUGCACAUACACAUGAACAUCUUCAGGAUGUUGAUAUUGAACCCUAUGUUAGCAAAAUGUUAGGAACUGGUAAACUGGGAUUCUCUUUUGUGAGAAUAACUGCUCUCAUGGUAUCAUGUACUAGGCUGUGGUUAGGAACUGGGAACGGAGUGAUUAUUAGUGUACCACUAUCAAGUCCAGAUCUUGGCCGGUCAACAUCUGGUAAUCUCAUUGCUGAUGUAAUUGAGAAGAGUAAACCUGGAGCACCAGUCAGAGUAUAUGCUGAUACUAAGGAGCGUGUUACCCCUGGAAGUUUUAUUCCCUACUGUUCUAUGGCUCUUGCUCAGCUCUCCUUUCAUGGACAUCGGGAUUCUGUCAAGUUUUUUGUCUCAGUUCCAGGACAUGGUGGUCUGUCAGUAUCUGGUGGAGAGGGGGAGAAGAUUGAUUCAAUGCUGGUGAUGUCAGGGGGAGAAGGUUACAUUGAUUUCAGACUUGUUGAAGAUGGAACAGAACAUGAUUUUGAUUCUCAUAUCAUGGUCUGGCAUCUAGAGGGAGGAGAAUCAAGUAUAGCACCAGGAUCUCCAGUCCAUCCCUCCCCUCUCACAUCAAUGUCAUCGUGUUCGGUAUCUAUGAGAGGUGUGUCCCUGGGAUCAAGUUCUAUUGAUCUGGGUCCAACUCCGGGGUCAGGGAUGGGAUUAGACUCAAGGUCUCAGUCCUAUCUUGAAUCAGAUAGUGAAACUGAGACAGUGAAUCAGGGGAAGAGAUCUGUGAUCUCCCAUGAGGACCCGGAGAUAGAAACAGGAACAGAUCCUUUACAGUGGAGCAGAGAAGUUGAGAGUAUGAUCAACAAUCCUCCUCUUCAGACCUUCCAGAGCUUUAAUCUCCAGGCAGAUCCGUCCCUUUCCAGUUGGGUUCUUCCUCAAGACCGUUAUCCGGAGGAUCUUUCGCAGAAGCAUUAUCAAAACACUCACUGGGAGGAACAUAAUCAGGAAAUUCAUCCAGAAGAACCUUAUCAAGAGCAACCUUUCUCUAUUCUUCAAUCCCAACCCUCCCUUCCCAUCCAUCAAAGUGUCAGGCGCGAAAGUAAGGAACGACAGAACGGACGAAGUACCGAUUCUCCGGGUGGUGCUCAGGACACCAGCUCUAGAUCUUCUCUUUACUCUGAACCCCUAGAAGAUUUUACUCAGCAGCCAUCCAAGAGAGAUACAGGGGAGCCUGGUGUAGAGGUAGAUAAUGUUGUUGAACCUGAACAUGAAGCUAAAGGAGAUAGAAGCCAUCUAGUAGUCUGGCAAGUGGCUCUACCAAACUCAAAACUAAAUCCUUCUCUUUUAUUCUAAUCCAGGAUAUUAUUGGUUAACACCGCACUUUUCAGGGUUUUAACUUUCUCUGUAACUCCCCCCCUCCCCCCACUUUUA